GAAGUUCCUCCACGAGGGGGCUCUAUGACGCUGCUCUUUCCUCUGGCGGGGUUAUGCAAGUGCUACCAACCUUAGCUAGCCGCAUUUGAUUGAAUUCAGUCGAAAUGUCGUUUUGUUUUAAUUUCAACGUUCCAGGAGACCCAGCAGCUUCUGUUGACUUUGAUGAGAAGGAACUCCAGGAAGAAAAAACAAGUGGAAAAGCUGAGCACAUUGAAGACAAUACAAGUCUGGAGGAUUCAGUAAAAGAGGCCAAAGAGCACUUUCCACCGUCCAACCCGCAGCUCCUUCUCACCGAUUCUGUCUUCGAAACGGUUACCGUCGGAACGCUUCCCUCUCUGCUCUUCCUCAACGAGACGGUUUUUGAGAAAACCGUCUCAGAACGAGAGGACACAGAGAAAAUCCUGUCCUGCAGCAAAGAGCAGAAUUCCGAUCUCAUCUCAGGAGUGUACGAAGGAGGCCUGAAGGUGUGGGAGUGCACAUAUGACCUCCUGGAGCAGAUCGAGAAGAAUGGAGAAACCUUCAGGGACAAGACCGUUUUGGAUUUGGGCUGUGGUGCUGGGCUUUUAGGAAUACUGGCUCUGAAGAGAGGAGCAAGCCAGGUCCACUUCCAAGAUUACAACAGUACAGUCAUAGAACAGCUGACGGUGCCAAACGUCAUCCUAAACUGCCAAGAAGAUGAGGAAGGGGACUGGGAGGGCGACAACAACAGGAAGAGAACAGUAGAAAUUCAAGAUAAACAUGGUUGUGAAAAAGAAGACGAAAUUUUCAAACCACCUCCUAAGAAAAGAGCUACAGACAUGUCUCAACACACAUUAAUGAGGAGGUGUCACUUCUUCUCUGGGAACUGGAAGACAUUUCUUCCGUUGAUUCUGAAGAAAGAACCACAGCCAAAGUUUGACAUCAUUUUCACCUCAGAAACCAUCUACAACACUGCCUACUACCCCGCUCUGCACGAAGCCCUGCAGAAGCUGCUGGCAUCAAAUGGCCAGGUCUACCUCGCCACUAAAUCCCACUACUUUGGUGUUGGCGGUGGACUUCAUCUGUUUGAGACCUUCGUGAAAGAGAAGGAGGUCUUCUCCCUGGAUCGCUUAUGGGACGGAGAAGAAGGACUCCAGAGACACGUAGUAGUGCUGCGCUUAAAAAAAACAGAUUAACAGGGAUUUACUCAUUUCUGUUUACAUAAAAAUAGUUUGUUCUAAAAUGAAAUUUUGGAAUAAAAAAAAAGGAACUUCCCGAUUAAAUUUUGCAGUGUCAUCUA